UACGAAAAUGGAGAAUAUGUUAGGUCUUCUAAGACUUCAUGUGAUUAGAGGUGUUAAUCUCGCCAUUAGAGAUUCCUCAAGUAGCGAUCCUUACGUCAUUGUUCGUAUGGGGAAACAGAAGCUACGAACCCGUGUGAUGAAAAAGAAUUUGAAUCCAGAAUGGAACGAAGACUUGACACUUUCUGUUACUGAUCCUAUUCUUCCUGUCAAGAUCAUGGUUUACGAUAGGGACUGGUUCUCAAGGGAUGAUAAGAUGGGAGAUGCGUUUUUUCACAUUGAUCCGUUUCUUGAAGCCAUCAGAAUCCAAAAUCAGCUCGGAGGACUUCCCGAUGGAACCGUAAUAAUGAAGAUACAAGCAAGCAGACAGAACUGUUUAUCAGAAGAGAGCAAGAUUGUGUGGCACAAAGGAAAGAUUGUCCAGAAUAUGUUCCUUAGACUCCAGAAUGUUGAAUGCGGGGAGGUCGAGCUGCAGCUUGAGUGGAUCGAUGUCUCGGACGUUUUAUGUGUAUAGGAUGAUGAGGACGUUGGUUACUAGAACGAUUUUUAUAUUUCAAUAUGUUUUAUUGGUAAGUAUAUAUACUAGUUAUGAGAUCCGAAGGAGAGACUACUUUCCAUAAACCAGGAUUCGCAUCUUGUUUGGGAGAGGGAAUGGUCCCAACAAGGAGAGGGAAUGGUCC